AAUGAAUUACAUCAAUGAUUAUCUACAUAAUACAUAACAGCUAAACUCAAUCAUUCAUUUUUUCUUUUACUCAGAUACAGGCUCACUGGCAAAUCAUCAACAAAAAAUGACAUAAUCAGCAGAAAGGGGUUUCCGUAUGAAAUUCAUCAACAAGAAUAGAGAUUUCCUGAACACAACAAAACUCUUGUGGCAAUUCCCCUACAAGAUCAUCAUCCAGUUCAAAAUCAUGUAUUUGUCAAUAGUUGGACGAUAUUCAACAAAAUUGUUCGUUUUCUUCAAUUGCCUUUUUAUUACAAUUGGCAGUAUUGUGGUUGCAUUCGGCAUGAAACUACCAACCAAUUUAUUUGGAUAUAAGAGGAUUUUACAAGCAACUACACCACCCAUCUUCCUAACUGCUACUUUCUCAGGAACUCUUGGUAUAUUAGCUGCAUGCAUCGGAAUAUUAGCAAUAUUGAGUGAAAGAAACAUGAUCAUGUAUCUGCAUCUAUGUACUUUGACCAUUGUAAUAAUUAUGGAAAUAGGCAUAGCGUUGACAUCCUCUUUAAUGAAAGAUCAAUUCUUCACUGAAGCUCAUCGUUCGUUAAAUACGAAUGUUAAACAAUAUUGGACAAAUCUUCGUUAUCAAAUAGAAUUUGAUAAUUUACAAACAACAUUCCGUUGUUGUGGGGCUUAUUCAUCCAACGAUUAUCCACAUAUUAAACAACUUAUACCGAUUUCAUGCUUGUCUGGAAUAAAACCAUAUUCACUGGGAUGCAUUGAUGCAUUGAAUGGAUUUGUACAAUAUUACAAAAACAUUCUGAUCUAUUUAUGCUUCAGUUUUGGAAUAAUUCAUGGUAUCUACUUGGUGUUCUCAGUUGUGAUGGUUUGUAAAUCUAAACAUGGAAACAUUCGAUCUACACAAACCUCUUGUUGAAAUGAAACGAAGACUACUGAUGAGGAUUGAAUCUCGGCCGAAAUUUCGCAUGAAUAACACUUAAUUAUUGUUGAUAAAAUACUAUUACACUUUUACAUAACACUUGUUUCAUCAAUUUGUAACUUAUACAUUUCAUUUGUGUAAUAAAUCGCACUAAUAUUACAGACUUACAUAGUGAAAUUUAAUAAUCAUAGUCUAACACUUUAUUUGCAAAACGUUCAUUAUUUGUUUCAGACUUUAUUGUUUCUGCAUUACCAUACCAAUUGCUUUCUAUUAUUGUUCUUGUCUUCUUGAUCUUAAUCUUCUGUUGCCAGACAUUCUCUUUUUGACUUGCGUUAUAUACUACUUAUGUCGUUAUAAGUAGCACAAACCACAAAACUCGUAUAAUUUAUAGUAGCUUAAUCUGUACACCUAUUAAAGACUGAAAUAUAUUUUACUGUAAUGAUGGAACUACGUUGAUAGGAUGGAUUCACUGAUAGUUGUGAUAGCAAAUAUCAUAAUAUUUGCGGCCUGAUUGAGUAUCUGAGCCAUCAAAUGCCCUGGUAUAGCCGAGAGCGGGGUGGGUUCUCCCUCCCUCUCGAAAUACUCUCACACGGCCACGCGUAUAUAGCCUCUGCCAGUCAAGUCAAACACACAAAUCAAGCAUAUCUAUACAAAUAUUUACAAUCGAUAUUGUCAUACAAAAUUUUUAAACACUAAUCAAUGAGUUCAUUAAUUGACCGCUAUUUAACAUUUAAUCGAUAGUUCAUCAACUGACCUAUUUACACAUCUAAUCGAUAGGUUCAUCAACUGACUGCCAUUCAAACAUUUAAUCGAUAAAAUGAUCGAUAAGAUAAAAUUUAAAAAUAUGAGUUUGGGGAUCUAUCGUCCCCAACACACUGCCUUGUGGGUUAGACCUUUAAGUCAAAGGCUCGGGUUGUGGCCGCCUAAGAUAACCACCUGCUUCGGUCUGGGC